UUUAUUCUCUGUUUAUACUGUCAUAAUUUAUUUUGUUUGCAAAAAAUGCAACAAAAUACACUUUGAGUUGGUGCAAAAAUUAAACAUUUAACAAAAGUUUAGAAAAUUUAAAAAUAAUAAUGCCGAUUAUGUAUAAUACUGGUGAUUGGUUCGUUUUAAGACCCACCACUUACAGAAAAUUGGAUUUACACACACCAGACUGGCCAUUAGAUUUGGAUUUGGAAUAUAUGAAAGUGGUAUGUGCUCCGUAUGGCGGACCUUUGGCUGUGACAAGAGACCCUAAUCAGAUUGUGCCGAUUAAAGGAACAGCUAAACCAGUUAUACGGAUAUUUGAUACAGUUGGCCAAGAGCUGGGGAAAAUAUGGUGGAAUCAUGGUAAGCUGAUUUCAAUGGGUUGGUCAGAUACGGAAGAGUUGAUUUGUGUACAAGACGAUGCUUUAGUUUUUAUUUACGAUAUGUUUGGAAAUGAAAAAGAUUCCUACAGUAUGGGCCAAGAAGCUGGUUUAACCAAAAUAGUUGAUGCUAAAAUAUUUCAAUCAUCAACUGGAACUGGAGUGGCCGUUAUGACCACAAAUGGACGUGUAUUUAUAAAGCUUAAUAAUAUGAAAGAUUAUCGUUCACGUCUCUUACCAGAAAUUCCAAAAUCACUAUCAGAAUGCAGUUGCUGGGAAAUUGUAACAGAAGAGCGGAACAGUUAUUGUCUCUUGGGAAGGGAUCGUGAAGUCAUUAAAUUAUUUUUGGGAGAAUCUGUGGGUUCAAUAACACGUAAUUUAAUCGAUAAGCCCUUCGAACGCAUAAUUUUAAUGUCCGUAUCCUAUAAUCAUCAAAAUUUGGCUUUGUAUACCAAUAAUGGACUUUUAUGGAUGGGUAGCGUUGAUAUGAAACAGAAAUAUUGUGAGUUCGAUACUGGACGCAAAGACAUGCCAAAACAAAUCGAAUGGAUUAUGAAUGUUGACAACUCACAGUCCGAUGCUGUCGUUAUAGCAUAUAAUUCAUUUUUAUUGGUUGUCAAUCGCAAUGGUGACAAAAAUCUUUUUAGCUAUGAUCCGGCAAUUUUUUUGGUUGCAGAAAUGGACGGCGUUCGCAUAUUAACAAAUAAUACUCAUGAAAUGGUACAAAAAUUACCAAAAUGCGUACAGAAUAUUUUUGCCAUAAAUAGUCAAGAACCCUCAAGUUUUCUAUUUGAGGCUCAGAAAAAAUUCCAAGAAAAAUCCCAUCAGUCAGACGAAUACUUAAGUCUUUUUCGAGAUCGUAUGGAUGAAGCCGUAUAUGAGUGUAUAGAAGCGGCUGGUUAUGAGUUUUGUACAGAAACACAAAAAUGUUUAAUGAGGACGGCUUACUUUGGGAAAGGAUUUAUAAAUUCACAUAAUCCAGAUGAAUAUAUCAAAAUGCUGAGAAUUUUAAGAGUUUUAAAUGGCUUGAGACAUCCUAAAAUUGCCAUGCCUUUAACCAUUAAACAAUUUUUACAUUUAAAACCAGAUGUUAUUUUAGGACGUUUAGUAUUUCGAAAACACUACGCUAUCGCUAUACAAGUUGCAAAACAUUUGAAAUUGCCAGAAUCGUGGAUAUUAGAACAUUGGGCAUAUCAUAAAGUCAUAAACGACAAGAACGAUCAUGAAGUUGCUCGUAAAAUAACGGAGAAAUUUAAAAAUCCUUCCGUUGAAGGUAUAUCAUUUUGCAAUAUAGCAGAAAAAGCACAUGCUGCUGGACGUGAUGAGUUAGCUAUUAAAUUGUUGGAGUUGGAACCCAGAGCGUCUUUGCAAGUACCUCUAUUGUUAAAAUUGGGUAAAUAUGAUCGUGCUGUUCAAAGCGCCACACAGUCUGGGGACACCGAAUUGGUGGCUACUAUAUUGUUGGAGAUUAAAAAAAAAAUGAUGCUUACAAAUUUCCAUAUGAUCAUACGCGAGUAUCCAAUGGCUUUAAAUAUUUAUAAAAAAAUGAUGAAUGAGUGGAGUCGUACCGCUUUAUACGAUAUUUAUAAUACCGAAGAUGAUCAUAAAUCAAUUGCCGAAUAUCAUUUUCGAAAUGCUCUCGAAAGUGAAACUUUAGAAUCCAAUCUAUCAAUUAUAUCCAACAGUUAUACACAAGGCCGUCGAAAUGUAGAAGCUGAACUCUGUUCAGACACAAGUAAAUUAAUGAAGUUACAAAAGGCUUUAACAACCAAAUAUACUAAGAUUUUUGGCCAAAUUACAUUCCAUGGUUUAUCCAUACAUGAUACAAUAGAAAAACUUUUAGAGUUGGGAGAACUUAAAGAAGCUGAAAAAAUUAAAAGCGAUUUUAAAGUUCCGGACAGAAGAUUUUGGUGGUUACGCAUACUAAGCUUAUCCAGUAAACAUAAUUGGAUUGAGUUAGAAAAAUUUGCCAAAAGUAAAAAGAGUCCCAUUGGAUAUGAACCAUUUGUUGAAGUUUGUCUUAAACAGAACAAUUUAACGGAAGCACGUAAAUUUAUAAUCAAAUGUCGUGAUGAUCGUAAAUCACAUUGGUAUAUCAGAGCAGAACUUUACGAAGAAGCUAUUGAUACAGCAUUUGAACAACGUGAUCUCAAUACUUUAUAUGUACUUCAACAAAAAUCGACUAUGCUAGGCAAUCGUCAACAAUUAGAUAAAAUUAAUGUAUGUAUUACUAUAUUGGCUUCUAAAAAAUAAAGCAAAAAUUUGUCAUAUUUGAAAAUUAUAAGCUAAAUAAUCAUCAACAUUUAAACAAAUAUACAAUUUAUAUUUACACCAAAAA